AGAAACAAACAAGGCGAGAGAGAGAGAGAGAGAGAGAAAGGGAAAAGGGAAAGCAGAAACGGGUCCUCCUCCUCCUCGUCUUCCUCGUGGGUAUCUCCCUCUUUCCAGAGAGAAUUCUACUGCACACAGAAGAGACGCAGUUUGGGGAAGGGAGCAGGCGGUGAUGAUGGAAGGCUUCUCGCCGGCUUCUCCUCCCCGGAUCUUUUGGAAUUCCCGCAAGAGAUCAGCUACUGCCCGGAGCUUGGAAGACGCAGCAGUGCGCGCCGUCGCUCGAGCGAAGGAACCGGGUGAAACAGCGAAAGCCCACCCGGCUGCGGCUGACGAGCACCGCCCGGAGGAGGAGGAGGAGAAGGUAGGCAAAGCCGCUUUGUCCGAACGUCGGCAGGCGCUGUUCGAGCCACUGGAGCCCAGCUCCUACGGGCGUCGCACCCCGGCCGACGUCCUGCUCCCUCCGCCGGACUUCGAUCCCACCUGCUACCCCAAGGGGUGGCUGGUGGGGAAGAAGCGGAAGCUCGUGAACGUCGACGUGGUGGAGAGCAUGCGGAGGAUCGCGAUCCAAGAGAUGAACAGAAAGGACAAGGAGAUCGACGGACUGAACGAGCAGCUGGAGGAGGACGCGCGCUGCCUGGAACACCUGCAGGUGCAGCUACUGGAAGAGCGGAGCAAAAGGGUGGAGGCGGAGAGGCAGAACGCCAUGCUUCAGGACCAAGUCUCGAUGCUCAUGAACGUGCUGGAAGAAACCCAGGCAGUAGAAGAGGAGGCCUCUGGGGAUCACUAAUGCCUCCGACGAUACCAUUCCUUCUACCUUCUACUCUAUAUGGAUCACAUUAAAUUCAUAUGUUCAACUAAAUUCAUGUACGUGUGUUGUGUGCAUUCACUUGUAAUGUUGCAGUCUGCGAAAGGUGUGAAGAUGUAAUUAACAAAGCAUAUAUACAAAAGAUUAGUUUUGCUAUUCGAUCAAAA